CACCCCCGCCUCCAGAGGAGAUCGAGAUGCGGGUCUUCAUGCAUUGCGAGGGCUGCGCCCGCAAGGUUAAACGCAGCCUCAAAGGCUUCGAAGAGGUGGAGGGUGUGAGGGCGGAUUGUAGGACCCACAAAGUGGUGGUGAAGGGUAAAGCGGCUGCGGCGGAACCGUUGAGGGUCGUCGACAGAGUUCAGAAGAAAACCGGACGAAAAGUCGAGCUAUUGACGCCAUUAUUUCCGCCUCCUAAAGAUGAAGAAAACAAAGAAGAAAAGAAGAGGAAAGAAGAGGAGGUGAAGCCCAACGUCGAAGAGGAGAACAAUGAGGAGCCUGAGGUGAUUGCAGUUCUUUUGAGGGUGCAUAUGCACUGUGAGGCCUGCACUCAACAGAUGAAGAAGAUGAUUUUGAAAAUGAAAGGUGUUCAAUCUGCUGAGGCCUGAUCUCAAAGCCUCACAGGUCACCGGUCAAGGGAGCGAUCGAGCCGGCGAAUCUCGGUCGACUAGCGUUCUACAAACGCACCGCGAAAGCACUCC